AUGUCAAGCCGAGCUGAAGGCGUCGACUCGCAGCCACCUCAGCUUGGCAAUGAAAAAAUUCAGCCCUCGGACCCUUGGCUGCCAAUCAUUCUUUCGCUAGAUGGAGGUGGCGUCAGAGGCUUGUCCUCCCUGAUCAUCCUUCACGAGAUUAUGAGGGCGGUGCAAACAUUGGAGUGUAGCGACGCGCUUCCCCUGCCCUGCAAUUAUUUUGACUUCAUGAUUGGUACAAGUACGGGAGGUCUAAUUGCGAUCAUGUUGGGAAGGCUACGUAUGAGUGUUGAAGAGUGCAUCAAAGAGUAUCUGAGGCUGAGCAACAGGAUCUUCCGCCCAAAACGAUACAUAAGGGCAUACUCGGCAAAAAAGUUCCGGCAAGCAGUUGAAGAGGUCGUCGCCAAACAAUGUGGCUGUCAUGGUAACCCGCGAAGUUGCACACAUAAUCACCAUCUUCGCCAGUAUGACUAUGCUGAGAGAUAUGAUACGGCCAACCGCGAUAUCAUAAACAAGACAUGCCGAGUAGAGAAAUCCAAGUCGGAAGGCCAGAACAGGGCUGACGUGCCAUAUUUAUUUCGAUCAUACGACCAUGAUGCGAGGGAUUGGAAACGAGACCUCAACCCCAAAAAGCUGAAUCGAGCAGAACUCAAAAUUGUCGAUGCAUGUCGAGCUACAACGGCGGCCCCCUUCUAUUUCCCUGCUUUGAAGAUAGGAGGACGGCGUUACAUUGAUGGGGCAAUCCAUGGUAACAAUCCUUCGGUGUACGCGUGGGCAGAAGGUGUCCUAAUGGCUGGCGAACCUGGGCGCCCCCCAAAAGAGACUCCAAAUGCUCUGAUAAGUAUUGGAACUGGAAAGAAGAAGGAAUACCCACGAUUUGGCUUCCUCAACCUGCUACGUCACAUCAAAGGCCUCGUUGUGGACGUAGAGAAGCCACACGAGAACAUGGAGCAGACCGUGGCCAUAGUCGGUGGGUUCUACAAACGCUUCAACGUUUCGACCUCGGACGAAGGUCUUGGUUUGGACGGACUUUCCACAAUAAGGUUGGACUCUUGCAACAAGAGCAAAAGAAAACGCUUCCCGUGGUCUGAACAAAAGCAGAGGACUGUGGAAGACAAUGAUCUGACAAGCAUAGAGACCAAGGCCAGAGAGAAACGCAAGGGUGGCUACAAGCCACACAAGUACCAGUACAAGACCCUGGAGAAGAUACGCGAUAGGACCCUGGACUACAUUCGCCCUCCCACUUCAACAAACGAGGUUACGGCAGACAUCAACGAGUGCGCGCAGAAGCUUUAUGACUAUAGCAGACGGCGGAGAGAAAAUGAUCCCAUACGAUGGGAAGCAAUAAGGCAAGACCCGAACCCUGCUGUACCAGUUCAGAGUGUUCCUGCUGCAAGAUAG